UCGUGCUUACUUAUAUAUAGUUUUUUGUGCUGCCAACCUGCCAACUUCAAAUAAACCAACCAAACGAUAGCUUUGACAUUGUUUGCAUACGCGAUUGAUAAGUGCGCGAUUCUGAUACGCUGAACGCAUUGAACUAUUGUUAAAAUUCUCAUUGAUUAACGCUUUUUUCGGCUUCUGUACAACGACUUAGUUGUCACUUGUAUGUGUCAAAAUGUCAUUGUCAAUAUUUUGGGCUCGACGUAUGGCUAGUCGAAAAAAAUUAUUACUGAUGGGAAUUCCGGCCAAAACAAAUGAGGAUUCAAUUGUCUUUUUAUUUCGAGUUUGUUAAAUAAACUGUUUUUUUUAGAUUCUUAAACCUUUUCUACAACUAUGUGGACUGAAAGCAUUUAUGGGUGCAUUGUACCCACAGUUUCAACGAUGGUAAUAUUCGUUGUCACCUUUAACGUGGUAAGGUUUUUGAUUGGAGAGUUUAAAGUACAUAUUACAGAUAGUAAAAAGCAUAAUUGGCAAGUCAUCAAAACAUCAUCAAGGGCUUAUUUUUGUAAUGUUUGUGAAACACUACUGUUAGCUGUCAAUGGAUUAUACUGUGAUUCUUGUGGUGUCUGUGCAGAUCAUGAAUGCAUGAAAAAAGCAGACAAAAUGUUCAAUUGCAAGAAAAUGUUUACAUCAAGUAAAGAGCCAAUGAAGCAUCAUUGGAUAAGGGGUAAUUUGCCACUCAUUGCAAUGUGUGAAGUUUGUGAUGAAGAAUGCAGUCUAGAGCCGGGACUUUUCGACUGGUGGUGCUGUUGGUGUCAAAAAUGUGCUCAUGAAACAUGCAAAGCCUAUAUUAACGAAAUCUGUGAUUUUGGAGCCUUCAAACAGAUGGUUAUUCCACCCACAAGUCUUGAAGUAGCCAGCAAACGUAGCAGCAUAAGGCGUCGUUUGCAAUUAAAGUCCAUCACACCUCCAUUAUGGCUUAAUUGGAGUCCAUUAAUUGUAGUUGUCAACAAAAAAUCAGGGAACAAUGAGGGAGCUGAAAUAUUAUCCUCAUUCCGAAGACUGUUGAAUCCUGCCCAAGUUGUUGAUCUGUCAGAUCGUGAUCCCAUAACAGCUCUUGAGUGGUGUCGCUUAUUAGGAAAUGUCCCUUGCAGAAUUGCUGUAGCUGGAGGAGAUGGCACUGUUGCUUGGAUCUUAGACACGAUUGAUAAAUUAAAAUUUAACCCUCUUCCAGCAGUCGCGAUUCUUCCAUUGGGUACUGGAAAUGAUUUGUCACGAGUCAUGGGAUGGGGAAAAGAGUAUGAUUCAAGCACAGAUAUAUCCACCACAUUGCAAAUGAUUCAACAGGCAAAAGAAACUUAUCUUGACAGAUGGUCUGUUGUUCUGGACGGUAAAAAGGGAUUAGGAUUUAGAGCCCAGCAAAAAUCGUUGCAUAUGUACAAUUAUUUGAGCGUCGGCGUGGAUGCACAAGUAACUUUAAGCUUUCAUGAUGCACGAGAAAGUCCUUUUUACCUUUUCAGUCACAGAAUAUUUAACAAGCUUCUUUAUUUGUGCUUUGGAACCCAACAAGUUGUUGAAAGAGACUAUAAAGACUUGAACAAAAGACUAGAAGUGUACUUAGAUGGUCGGAAAGUAGAAUUACCAUCAAUUGAAAGUAUCGUCGUACUCAAUAUUCCAUCGUGGGGGGCUGGUGUUGAUUUGUGGAAUAUGAAUCUCGAAGAUGAUCACAUUGGAAUACAAAGUAUGAAUGAUAAAAGAGUCGAAGUAUGCGCAGUGUAUUCGUCGUUUCACAUAGCUCAGAUGCAAAUCGGUCUUUCACAACCACUUCGUCUUGGUCAAGCUACGACUGUUAAAAUAAUAUUGAAAGAUUCGUGUGCAAUGCAAGUAGAUGGAGAACCGUGGCAGCAACCUCCAUGUACGAUUACUGUAUCCCACAUUAAUCAAGCCCUAAUGUUGAUGUCUAAUGAUCAAUAGGAAGCUGUGCCCUAAUACAUAAGUCCCAAGCAUCUAUGUGCAAUUAAUACAACGUGAUAAUUUACUGAAGUAAUACAUGAACAUAAAUAUAUAAGUGCUUUUAUAAAUAAAUUAGAUAAUUAUAAAUAUUUAUUGUAGAUUUGGCUGUGUACUGAGAAAAAAUUAUGUAUUUAGUGUAUUUUAAUGAUGUAAAAAGUCUAAUUUUAACAGCAGAUAUUACGAUUAACGUAAGAACUCAUAUAAAAUGAAGUAUAGUUUAAUGUUCCUAUAAAUGUACUUGUAAAAGCCCUGCUAGG